CCUUCACUACCUCAUAUAGCAAUUCUCCCCUCACUCUCUCUCUCUCUCUCUCUUGUCUUGGCCCUAUCAACAAAGUGUUGUUGUUCAAUUUCGCCCUCUUCUUCUUUCCCCCCUCCCUAAACAAAUUUCUCCAAUUCUCUCCCAUGGUGGUUCCAUCACCGUUCUUACUUCUCCCCUUCCAAUCCCCACCAUGCCCAACUUUCGUCUCCCCUUCCUCUCCGCCGGCCACCGCCGGCCACGACUCCCAGAACCAUACACCACCACCGCUGACAUCAGCAACGUAGGCACCGGCGGCGGAGACGACGUCGUAGAAUGCUACGCGUGCACGCAGGUCGGCGUCCCGGUCUUCCACUCCACAACCUGCGACGCCGCCCACCAGCCGCUCUGGGAAGCCUCCGCCGGCUCCUCCUUGGUCCCCAUCCACUCCAACUCAACAGCUCCACUCCCGGCCCCACGCCCGCGGCCGCGCCGCCGCCCCAGCGGCGCGUUCGGGACGGUGGUGGACCCGCGGAGCAAGCGCGUGCAGCGGCUGAACCGGGCGUUCCUCCUGGCCCGGGCCAUGGCGCUGGCGGUGGACCCGCUGUUCUUCUACGCGCUGUCGAUCGGGCGCGGGGGCUCGCCGUGCCUGUACAUGGACGGCGGGCUGGCGGCGAUCGUGACGGUGCUCCGCACGUGCCUGGACGGGGCGCACGUGGUGCACGUGUGGCUGCAGCUGCGGGUGGCGUACGUGUCGCGGGAGUCGAUGGUGGUUGGGUGCGGGAAGCUGGUGUGGGACCCGCAAGCCAUCGCGGCCCACUACCUCCGGUCGCUGAAGGGGUUCUGGUUCGACGCCUUCGUCAUCCUCCCCGUUCCCCAGGCUGUGUUUUGGCUGGUGGUGCCAAGAUUGAUCAGAGACGAGCAAAUCAAGCUGAUAAUGACAAUCAUGCUCUUAAUCUUCCUGUUCCAAUUCCUGCCCAAAGUGUACCACAGCCUCACCCUGAUGAGGAGAAUGCAGAAGGUCACCGGCUACAUCUUCGGCACCAUCUGGUGGGGUUUCGGCCUCAACCUCAUCGCCUACUUCAUCGCCUCCCACGUCGCCGGCGGAUGCUGGUACGUGCUCGCCAUCCAGCGCGCCGCCUCCUGCAUAAAGCAGCAGUGCAACUUGUCCUCCAACUGCGACCUCUCCUUGUCUUGCUCCGAAGAGCUCUGUUUCCGCCUUGUCCUGCCUGAUGCAUUGGCUGCCGGCAGCGGCUCUUGUGGUGGUUAUAAUAACUCCACUACUACUCAUAGGACUCCAAUGUGCUUGGACAUGGAUGGCAGUUUCAACACAUUUGGGAAUGAUCUUGAACCAACUAGUAACUGGUUGGAAGUGAUGUUCAGCAUAUGCCUAGUACUGAGUGGCUUGAUGCUCUUCACUUUGUUGAUUGGUAACAUUCAGGUGUUCUUGCACGCGGUGAUGGCGACGAAGAGAAAGAUGCAGCUGAGGUGCAGAGACAUGGAGUGGUGGAUGAGAAGAAGACAGCUGCCUUCCCGCUUGAGGCAGAGAGUUCGGCACUACGAGCGCCAGAGGUGGACGACCAUGGGAGGCGAGGAUGAGAUGGAAAUGAUCAAAGACUUGCCCGAAGGGCUACGGCGAGACAUCAAACGAUACCUCUGCCUAGACCUCAUCAAGAAGGUGCCGUUGUUUCAUAACUUGGACGAUUUGAUUCUCGACAACAUAUGUGACAGAGUCAAGCCCAUUGUGUUUUCCAAGGAUGAAAAGAUAAUUAGAGAAGGGGAUCCAGUACCAAGAAUGGUGUUUUUAGUCCGUGGGAAGAUAAAAAGCUCACAAAGGCUAAGCAAAGGAGUGGUAGCAACAAACGUGCUCGAAGCUGGAGGCUUCCUCGGCGACGAACUUUUGUCAUGGUGCCUACGCCGGCCAUUCAACGAGCGGCUUCCAGCUUCGUCGGCGACGUUCGUGUGCAUAGAAGCCGCGGAGGCAUUUGCUCUCGACGCCAACCACUUGAAGUACAUUACGGAUCAUUUCCGGUACAAGUUCGCGAACGAGAGGCUGAAGAGGACGGCGAGGUAUUACUCUUCGAACUGGCGGACGUGGGCGGCCGUGAACAUUCAGUUUGCGUGGCGGCGGUACAGGCGGAGGACUAGAGGUUGUGCUGGUGGUGGUCCGAUGAACCCUGUGGUGGAGAGUGGUGGGGAUGUGGAAAAUAAGUUGUUGAGGUAUGCUGCCAUGUUCAUGUCGAUUCGACCACAUGACCACCUUGAAUGAAUGAAGCCGGAUAGAAGGGCGAAUUAGAGUGCAAUGUUUUUGGGAGAAUCUUGCUCUUUUUUUCUUGUGUUUGUUCAUUUGUUGUCAUUUGUCAUCAGAUGAUGAACAAAGCAUAUCCUCCAGUAUGUUCAUGUUAUAUGAUCAUGUUGGAGGGUAUUCUCAUUGAUACCUCCAUGAAUAAAGAAAAUAAAUUAGUUGGUUCUUUUAGGAGUAGGGUUCUUGAUACCAUGACAGGCAAACACUAAAUGUAAUGUAAUGGUAGGCAAAGUUGAAACUUCUACAAGAGGCCUCAAAAAACUAAACGGGAUACCCGAACCCUUGUUUUCAAGUAUUUAUUGUUUUCCUAAAGC